GUAGCGGCGAGAUCGGUCACUAAAAAUUUGAAUCUGAAGGGUGCGUGAACUAUCAGAUCAUCAAGAGAAAAGAUUCACUCGAACGUUUAGAAUUUGGAUUUUAUUGUUCUAGUUUGGAUUCGGUUUCAACACUUUUUGACAGGUGAUCAGAACGCGUGAAGGUGCGCGGGAGAUUGCAUUUGCGCAGGCACGUGUCGCAGAUUUUUGAAUGCACCUGUCGGGUGCCGGCCGUCGUGGACGCAAAGAAGUGAUGCAGCAACAACAAAAAUAGUGUGACAAGUGCCAAAUUUUCCAACCAGUGAAUUGCGGUUGUUACUAUUGAUGCAUGAUUUAUUAUAUCACCGAGAGAAGUGUGGAAAAGUGAAUAAAAUAUAGAAGAAAUUGCGCGCCGUAGGAGCAAAGAUCAAGAGUGAAAGGUUUUUCGGUGGUGGUCGAAGAGUAGUUUAACUGUAACGGCCAGAAGCGAAUGAAAGAUGGAGAACAACGCUUACAUCGGCGAGGAAACCGGGCAGACUCGAAUCGAGGGAAUUACCGUGACAAAUGGAAGUAUUAUUUACCAGAAUGGUGCCUUUAAUGGACAAUCACAUCACGUAGCCAUCAACACCCCCGCAACGAAUGACAACAACAACAACCCCCCUGAUGACCCGACUCCCACCGUCCGAGAGAAAUGGGGCAAAAAUAUAGAAUUCCUGCUGUCGUGCGUGGCCUUGUCGGUGGGUUUCGGAAAUGUGUGGCGCUUCCCCUACACGGCGUUCAACAACGGCGGGGGCGCCUUCGUCAUCCCGUAUCUCAUCGUGCUGUUCGUCGUCGGUCGACCGAUCUACUACCUGGAGAUGGUUUUGGGUCAGUUCUCCAACCGGGGCUGCGUUAAAGUUUUCGAUCUGGCUCCACUGAUGCGAGGCAUCGGGGUGGGUCAGACGGUGGCCAUAUUCACCGUCAUCACUUACUAUGCGGCCGUGCUGGCCAUCACCUUCCGAUAUCUGUUGGUGUCGUUUAGCGCCGAACUGCCUUGGAGCACGUGUGAUCCCUCGUGGACGGAUUGUGUCAAUUCGAGCUUCAUUGGGACGUUUCCGAUGGGCAAUGGCACGAAGAUUCAAUCGUCGGCGGAGUUAUAUUUUCAGAAAACCGUGCUUCAAAAAGCGGAUUCCCUCGACGAUGGCAUAGGAAUGCCAGAUUGGAAAUUGGUUUUGUGUCUGGCGGUUUCAUGGAUUUGCAUCGUAGCCAUUAUCAUUCGUGGAAUUAAAAGCUCUGGAAAGUUCUCCUACUUUCUGGCUAUUUUCCCAUACGUCAUUAUCUUCAUCCUGCUGAUACGAUCUCUGACGCUGCCCGGUGCAUGGACGGGGAUUCUGUACUUUUUCCGACCACAAUGGGACAAGCUGCUGACUAUCGAAGUGUGGUACGAAGCGGUGACUCAGUGCUUCUUCUCGCUAACAAUUUGCUUCGGAGGACUGAUUGUGUAUUCAUCGUUCAACAAUUUCCAUAACAACAUUUACAGACACGCCGUAAUCAUCACCUGGCUGGACACGUUCACCUCAAUGAUCGCCGGAUGCAUCGUGUUCGGCAUCAUCGGUCAUCUGGCGCACGUUACCAACCAGGAGGACAUCCAGAAGGUGGUCAAAAGCGGUCCCGGACUAACGUUCGAAACCUACCCGGAUGCCAUCGCCAAGUUCGAUUUCGUUCCGCAGCUGUUCUCGGUGUUGUUCUUCUUUAUGCUGUUCCUGCUGGGAAUCGGAACACUGUUGGGUAUUGUGACGUCCGUCAUCACGGCCAUUCACGAUCAGAACCCCAAUUGGAAGCGAUGGAAGGUGGUUUUAGUGGUGUCAAGUGUUGGAUUUUGCAUUGGACUGGUGUACCUGACUCCAGGUGGGCUCUACAUUUUGGACCUUAUGGAUUACUAUGGAGCCACAUUCGUCACACUUACCCUGGCCGUCUUCGAACUGUUGACAUUUGCCUGGAUCUAUGGAGUUGACCGAGUUUGCAAGGACAUCGAAUUCAUGCUGGGCAUCAAAACAGGAUUGUUCUGGCGGAUAUGCUGGGGAGUAGUCACUCCCAUUGUCGUGUUGGUCAUUCUGCUAUUCAGUAUUAUCAAUUACGUUCCGAAGGACCUUCCUUCCGGAUACAAUGCCUUCGGAUGGUGUCUGUACACUGUGGCCGUGUUGCAACUUCCUGCUUGGGGAUUUUGGGCGUGGUACAAAAAUCCCAGCAGCGGUCCGAUCGCCAAGUUGCAAACAGUGCUGAAGCCUAUGAGCAACUGGGGACCGGAAGAUGCAACCACACGUGCCAAAUACAACAAUUUCAUCGACGAGCACGAGACAGCGCCUCCCUCAAAGGGAAGCUGCACUGGUGGAUUCGUUCGACGGAAACUGUUCGGUUAAUGGGAAAUCCACCCCCGCACCACCCACCACUAACGAUUCAUUCAGCAUCAGAUUUCACCAAUUAUUUCAGAUGGCGGACAUUGAUUAUUCGUAGCCGUCAUCACUUAGACUGUGGUACCUUCCUAUUUGAUAUUUAAAUUAUAUUGACGUAUGAGCGGAAGCUAAAGCGAUGUAUGAAAAGUGAGAAUGCUUGAAAAUAAAUUUAAGCGGAAUUUUGCGGAUCCCACCGCACGUAAUAAAAUUUUCAUCAGGUGUUUCAAUUGGGUUUAAAAAUAGCGCCAUUCAUGAACGGAUGUGAAACCGUACGCGAGCCAAUGCAUCAAGAAGGAAAUUUAGACACGUACUGUGACGAGUUCAUGUGGAAUAAAUUGGCGAAAUUAGGGAAAAUAUUUGAUGGAUUGUGUAACGAAUUGAUACGUCAAAUAAUGUUAACCCCCAACAAGAUACCAGUGGUGAAAAUUCAUCCAAAUCAGCUAUAAAGCAAAGGUAUUUCAUUAGCGUAUCGUUGCAGGAAGCCGUAACCGUUUGAGGUUUUGUUUAGGCAUCUUUGGUGACACUCGCUUGCGAGCGAUCACCAGUAAGGUAAGACUGCAUAAUAUACCCCCUUGGGUGGUUUUAAAAAUCGAUUUUGCUCAUCUAAGUCUGUAUCAUGUUCUGAGUGUUCUUCAAAAAUCUUGGAUAGAAACUGAUUUAGCACACGCCGUUUCAAGUUUGCAUGCAAAUUAGUAUGGAGAAAUCUUUUUUUUAAUUAUACUGAUUAUGGC